CUCGCUCCCAGCAGCACAUGACAGGGGAGGCAAAGAAGACCAACAAGUGAAGACAACAACAAACCUCGUCGUGCCGUACACAAUGGGCAUUUUUAUGAGGAUUAGUGUUCUAUCCUUCCUCCUGGCCGAGGUGAUCUCGUCAGGUACCACGUUCACCUUCUUUAGGGAGCCUAGCGCCUCGGUUGUAAGGCGGUAUUUGGAGCGACAGGACACAGAGCAAAGCCCGGUCAACCAUGCGUUUGCAGGGUUUUCCGACAUUGCAGCCGCCGGUGGCGAUGCCGCUGUCCCUCCUCCGCCGCCACAAGGAUUCCAAGAGAGAACAGUAAGGGCGCACCUUGGGAGCGGCAAGGAGACAUAUGCGCGAGGCCGGGAAGCACUUCUGCGGUGGCAGAUGCACGAAGGAUCCUCGUGGGCGAGAAUAUUUCUCGGGCAGAGGCCUCCACGACCCGCGUUGCAGCGAAACCUGGUGACAAUCGCCAAGGCUUGCGCCGGGCUAGUCUGGUGCAUCAAUCCAUGCCAAGUCCUCUACGAACGGAACGAUGUAGCUCUCCGGUUUAUUGCACCACCCGGGGCAGACGCAAACAGAUCUCUUGACGACGGAGAAGCGCGUCCAGUAGAAAACACAAAGCGCGUGAUGGGGGGUGGCGGGGGGGCGCUUUGGGCGGGUAAACGACCCACCUCUGCUCCGAGUUGGGCUUCGUUCUUGCCGGGCGUGAAACACAAGGGGCGGCAAUCGGCUGUGGCGUAUGCGACAAAAAUGGGGCACCUCAUUCAGGGGGAAGAAAGGAUGCGCGUACUUCAUUUCUGCGGUCCGGGGGGUGAUGAUUCGGUGUGGUUCGAGGUCUACUCGGUGUCCCGAGGAGCCGGUCUCGUGGGAGGGCUUGUCUUCCCCUUUGUUCAGUCGAUGCAAAGGAGAUUUUUCCGGGAGCAGGCCGAAACAAUGAAGCGCGUUGUCAAUUCUUCAUCUGGCCUCCCCUAG